UCCUCUGAGGAGAGUCUUUAGUUGGGAGACACCGUUUCUCCCCGAGGCUAAGCUCUUCGACGAUGGCGGCUUCAAGACCUGGGCAGCUGAAGAAGCUCCUGCUCCGCCAUUUCUCCUACUGUUAUGCCUACUCUUCUAGUGCUCAAUCCCAUCGUCUUCUUCAGUCGAACCCUGCAUUUCCCACAUUUUCCCCCACCCACUUCCCUAAAUUCCUUCCUUUACCAGCUCUCUAUCUGCCUCGGAGCUUCUUAUCCACCGCAACCACCUCCGGUGAGCAGCUGCCGGAGGACGAUGUAGCUCACGCCCUCUCAGCCGAGCUCCUCGAGAGCCCCGACGCGGACCCCCUGUCAGUCUCUCGGCGCCUUGCUCUCAACUUCUCUCACCUUACUCCGACCCCUCCCCUGGUCCUCUCCGCGCUUAAUCUCUCCCCGGAGGCUGGCCGGACGGUGCUAGGGUUCUACGACUGGCUGGCCCAGAACCCCAACUUCGCCCACACCGACGAAACGGCGUCGUACUUCGUCGAUUACUUCGGCCGGCGCAAGGAUUUCAAGGCGACCCAUGACUUGUUGUCCAAUGCCAAGGGCAUUGCCGGCCUCAAGACCCUAAAUUGUGCCAUCGACCGGCUUGUCCGGGCAGGCCGGCCAGUUCAGGCGGUCGGGUUUUUCGAGAGGAUGGAGAGGGAUUACGGGUUUAAACGUGAUAAAGAGUCGAUGAAGUUGGUAGUCGAGAAGCUGUGCGAGAAUGGGUAUGCGAAUUAUGCCGAGAAGAUGGUGAAGAAUCUGGCGAAUGAGUUUUUUCCCGACGAGUAUGUUUGCGACUUGUUGAUUAAAGGGUGGUGUGUUGAUGGGAAGCUUGAUGAGGCUAAUAGAUUGGCUGCGGAGAUGUAUAGGGGAGGGUUUGAGAUCGGCCCGAUGCCUUAUAAUGCGAUCCUCGAUUGUGUCUGUAAGCUCUGCCGGAAGAAGGACCCAUUUCGGAUGGAGUCUGAGGCCGAGAAAAUCCUCGUGGAUAUGGACUAUUACGGAGUCCCGAGAAAUGUGGAGACUUUCAAUGUGUUGAUUAGGAACUUGUGCAAGAUUAGGAAAACCGAGGAUGCAAUGAAGUUGUUCUCUAGGAUGGGAGAGUGGGGAUGUCACCCGAACGAGGAGACUUAUCUUUUACUGACCAGGAGCUUGUAUCAGGCGGCAAGAGUCGGGGAAGGGGAUGAGAUGAUUGAUCGAAUGAAGUCUGCGGGGUACUCGAUUGACAGGAAGGAGUAUUACGGGUUCUUGAAGAUCUUGUGCGGGAUCGAGAGGGUAGAUCAUGCGGUGAGCGUGUUUGAAAAGAUGAAAGCUGAUGGAUGUGAGCCAGGAGUUAAGACUUACGAUCUGUUGAUGGGCAAACUCUGCUCGCAUAAUCGGGCAGAUAAGGCCAAUGUACUGUUUAAUGAAGCUCUUAGGAGAGGAGUGCCCGUGACUCCCAAGAUGUACAAGGUAGAGCCGAGAUACAUUAAGAAGCCAAAGGCUGAGAAGAAGGGGAAGAAGCGGGAGACUCUGCCCGAAAAGACUGCGAGGAAAAGGAGACGCCUUGCGAAGAUUCGACUGAGUUUCGUGAAGAAACCGAAGAAGACAAUGAGAGGAUGAGGAAUGCAUACUGAUUUCCCUCAAUAGGAUAGGGCAAGACAUUGUUGUUCUACUGCUUUUCAGACUAGAAAGGUUUCAUUUUCAUCUGAAUUUUGAUGAAUAACAGUUUCUGAGAUGAUUGUUCUGUUGUUUCGUGCGAGGUCUGUAUAUCUUUGCAGAGAAUGCAUCCGAUUGGAACUCGA